AUGAUCAACAUGAUGUCCACCGCGGUUUCGCUAGUAGAGAGCAUGCUUUUCACGGCGAAUUUGACGUUACUGGUACUGUGUUGGCUAUGCGAAAAAAAUACGAACAUUGCCGUCGGAGUAUGGAACACAAUCGUUCUAAUAAGGUACGCGCGUGAAUCCGAAAAAUCGUUUUAUGUUGUUUUUUGUCCGUUUUAAAAUAAGUAAUCGGUGUCUUACAUCGGGCGAAUCACCUCGUCAUCGCUACCCGCCGGCAAAUAAAAUGGACGAUAGUGGUCUGCCUUUUCCGUCAUUCGCGGGUUAUAUCCUAUAAGAUAUGUACGUGAAAAAUAUCGUUUCCCGUGUUCACGACUAGCCUGGAUUUUUAUUCAUAUUUAAAUAGCUCGGCGUAGGUACCUAGGAUUGUAUUCACUGAUGAACGGUAUGAUAUAANGUCAAAUAAUCAGCGGGCAUACGACUUGUCACUGGCAAGGCCGUUGCCUUCACACCUUACACAUUUAAGCAAACACCUUUGCAUAGAGUUUUCUGUACAGAAAAUUCGAUCUGUAUUUUCCGGAGUAUACGUUUAAAAUACCUGCUCGAUUUGCGUCUUUACUAAUUAUAUUUAUUAAAAUAUAUUUGGUGUGUGUUGGACAUUAUUGUAAUACCUAUUAGAUUUAUGAGUUUUAAAUUUAAUUACAGAGACGCUUGGCAUUUGAUAGUUAAGGAUGUGUACACCACGUUUAAAGAUGAGGAUCCGGUCGACGAAGAACCUGAAUUAGUGGUUUCUUCCAGUGAUCAAUCUGGCGAUCAAAUUUCGUGCUCCAUAACGGCUGACCUGGUUUCACGGUCGUUCCCCCUUUGCCACUUUCCAUUUCCACAGGGAGGAGAAAAUACCGCCCAGGAACUCGGUAAAUAUACAUUAAAAAAAUUCAAAUAUACACCUAACUCCUAAUAAAUUAUAUUUGACUUCAUGUAGAAGAAGUCAUGAGAAACAUGCAAGUUGUUGAUUUGACAAUAAAAAGAGUACAACCCCUCGAAAAUAGCAUAAACUAUUUGCAGUUUGUUUAUUUAGAUUUGAAUUUGGGAAAGGGAUUAUUAUCGAUAUUUAAUGUAAGUAUUUAAUUUUGAUUUGAGUGUUUAUAUUUUUCACCUUAUGUUGCGAUUAAACUUAUUUUCACUAAUUUUGGUCAAUUUUUAUUAAAUCAUCUUAAAAAAAAAAAAUAAAUAAAUAAAAUGUAUGUUACAAUGAGACCAUAAAGUAUUGUAAUUUAAAAGAAUUAAAUUGUUUUAAUAUUUCGCAGGAAAUGUUUGAGUUUGUUGAUUUUCUUUUUCUGGAUCAAUUGGAUUUUCUGCAUUAUCGUAUUGACGAUUCAGAAUUGGAGAUUGUUGCUGUAUUUAAUGGGGAAACAAUAGUCCUGGAAAUGAGAUU